AUGACGGCCAAGAUAACUUAAGAAAAGCCAUCUGCAGCUAUAAACAAUAAAUUGCAAAAACUAUAUUAAGAACUUGAUAGACAUACCCGAUUGUUGGAGAGGAAGAAAGUGAAGUUUCAAAAGAAGCCAAUUGAAUAAUAGAUGUAAGAUCAAACUUCAAUUUUGGAAGAAUCAGAAUUUCAAGACAAAGUGGCAUCUCUUAAUGCUUUAGAAGCAAGGUUAUGGAGAAUGCAAUAAAACUAUUAAAAUGAAAUAAAAAUCCGAGAGGACACAUUAAAAAAAGUUAAGCAAAACUUAAAUGUGAUGAGGAUUUAAAAGGAGGCUGAAAUUGAAUAGGUUCCAGUCCCUGUUUAAGUGGAGCAGCUUUAAUAAUCUUAAUAUCUUGAUAGGAGAUCAAAUAGGCUUAAAGAUUAUUAAAAAUAUAAAUUUGAAGUAACCAAAGUUAGUAUUUAUAGAAUUAACCUGGAAUAGACAACCUCCACCCUCGGUAUACUUUCGAAGUAAGCUUUGAUUGAGGAAGAAAGGAAAAGAUAACUACAAUAAAUAAAAGAAUAAUAAGAAUAUGAGUAAGAAUUGUUACGAAGAAAUGGACAUACAAACAAUCACGUAAUGUCUAAUCAUACUGAGCAUGAAUAAUGA